AUGGAGAAUUGGGGAAGGCUGAGCCACCUUUUCGCGGCGGUUUUCCUGUCCAACAUGGCGUCCUACGCAGUGAAUCCGGCCAUCACUGACGUCAUCGUGGAGGCCGUGUGCGGCGGCAAACAGGAAUGCUCCCUCGCCAUUUACCUCACCGGCGUCCAGCAAGCGGUCACGGGUUUGGGGGCGGUGGUGAUGAUGCCGGUGAUUGGGAAUUUAUCGGAUAUUUACGGUAGAAAAAAAUUGAUGUUGAUCCCCUUAAUUCUAAGUGUUUUCCCCUCAGCGAUCUUGGCAUGGCAGAGGACCGAAAACUACGUGUAUGUGUACUUUGCGUUCAAGAUUCUUACAGCUAUGGUCACGGAGGGCGGCGUAAUUUGCCUUGCUCUUGCCUAUUUGGCAGAUAAUGUACGUGAGGAGAAACGCGUAUCUGCAUUUGGAAUUCUGUUUGGUGUUGUGUCGGCUGCGAACUUGUGCGGUACCUUAGCGGCUCGAAUAUUAUCCACACCCCACAUAUUUCAGGUUGCAGCUGGAGUAUCGUCUUUGGCUGUGAUAUAUGUGAGUCUCAUGCUGAAAGAGUCACAUGCUAAAAGUAUAGGUUGCAGCUUACGUGGCGAUGUUUAUGAUGAUUUACUACAGCAAACGAUUCUUAGAGCAGAGUCCGAUGAAAAUCGAGCGAAUAAUUUGGAGUUGAACAAGAAGUUGAACUUUGUCACAGGAAUCCCAUCACCUAAGGAUAUAAUCGGCUUGCUUACAAGCAGUGUCACGAUUUCUCUGUUGACUUUUGUUGCUUUCUUCAAUAGCCUUGCCGAUGUUGGAGUUCAAUCAUUUCUCCUGUACUUCUUAAAAGCUCGAUUCAAUUUCAUGAAGGACCAAUUUGCGGAUGUACUUCUCAUCACUUACGUUGGGGCUACUUUCUCCAGUAUGUUCUUCCUACCUGCAUUGGGUCCAUUAAUUGGCGAGGAGAUAUUGCUAAUUCUAGGACUAUUUGCUGGUUUUGUAAAUAUAUUUCUUGACAGCAUAGCUUGGUCAGCUUGGGUACCUUACGCUUCUGCUUCCCUGGGUUUUUUCUUAUCCUGGGCCGCGCCUAAUCUACGAAGCUUGGUUUCCAAACAAUCAGGGCCACAUGAACAGGGUAUUGCUCAAGGAUGCAUUUUGGGCAUAACAUCACUGGGCAGUCUUUUAUCCCCUAUUGUUUACAGUCCUCUAUCAGCUUUGUUUUUGGCCGAGGAUGCACCAUUUCAUUUCCCGGGCUUUAGUAUCUUCUGCGUAGGACUCGCUUAUCUGAUAGGUUCGAUUCUCAGUGUAUUUAUAAAGAUCCACAUCGGUAGAAGAAGCAGAGUUUGA